ACACUUUCUGGGUCUGAACAUGUUCCAUCAUAUCCGAUCCCCAGCCCAACUAUAUAAUUAGUGCAAUCUCUCUUUUUCUUUUCUCUCUCUUUCACACACACACACACACACACACACACACACUCUCUCUCUCUCUCUCUCCCUCUCUCUCUCUCUCUCUCUCCUUGUUUCUUAAUAGUAACUCAUCAUCAACAACAACAAUACUCAAGCAGAGAGAUCAGAUCCAAAAUCUGUCCACUACCCUUCAUCAAAAUCCGACUGAUAGAUCGAUCAGUCAAAAUCCCAUCAAUCAAAUCACCAAAUCAGUAUCAUCAUCACUAGAAAUUAGAAAGAAAGAAUGUCUUCAGCUGCAGCCUCAUCCACUGCCUUUAAUUCACCGGACCAGCAACAACAACAACACCUCCUAUCUCCCUCCGAUCAGCUCUGUUAUGUCCAUUGCAACUUCUGUGACACUGUCCUCGCUGUGAGUGUUCCUUGCAGCAGUUUGUUCAAGACUGUGACUGUUCGAUGUGGCCACUGCAGCAACCUUCUCUCAGUCAACAUGCGUGCCCUUCUUCUUCCUCCCCAAAAUAACCAACACCUUCCACAUCCUUUCUUCAAUACUCCUCACAAUCUCCUACAGGAGGACAUGAGAAAUGCCCCGUCAUCAAACACAUUGAUAAAUCAACAGCCUAAUUACACAAAUGAAUCAAUCAUGGCGAUUCGGGGAGGAGGCCUUGAUCAUCAGGAGAUACCUAAGCCUCCUGCUGCUGUCAAUAGACCUCCGGAGAAGAGACAGAGAGUGCCAUCUGCCUACAACCGAUUUAUCAAGGAUGAGAUUCAACGUAUUAAAGCUGGAAAUCCUGAUAUAAGCCACAGGGAGGCCUUUAGUGCUGCUGCAAAGAAUUGGGCCCACUUCCCUCACAUCCACUUCGGCCUUAUGCCUGAUCAGCCCGUGAAGAAAACAAACAUGCGCCAGCAGGAAGGAGAGGACAUGCUCAUGAAAGAUGGCUUUUUCAGCACUCCUGCAAAUGUGGGUGUCUCCCCCUACUAAGGAUUAGGGUUUCUCUUAUUUCUCAACAUUAAGUAGUACAAGGGAAUCCUAUAAUCUUAUUACUAUCCUAAGUUUUCUUAAUUAAUAUUAGAUUCUAAAAACUUUGGGUUGCAUGGUUAUUUACUAGAUAGUCAUUGUUUAUUGAAGGGGAACAUUUUGGAAUCUAGAACAUGCUAAUGGUGAAGAACCCAUAUGAAAAUGGACGGGUUUUAAUUAUGAA